AUGGCGUCGUCUCCUUUUCGCUCUCUUAUCCGGCGGCAACUUCAAUUGGCGUUCCGGCCCCGGCACCAAGUCCGUGCCCAGUCAUCCUCACCACCACAGCCAUCAUCGCAAAUUCAAGACAAAAUCUCAAAACAAAUACCAAACAGCAGCAGCUUAGCCACGUUAACAGAAGCAAAAGCAGCAGCAGCAACAAAGGCAACAUCAACAUCAGCACAAAAUGCAGUCAUUUCUCGUCCACUAUGGCUGCGUCUGGGGCCCGUAACUCGCGCGGCUCAGGCAUAUGGCCGAUCUCAGAAAAGGAGGCCGUAUGUGACUCAGACGAUUACUUCAAUGUUCAUCUUCUUCUUUGCCGACCUGGGCGCCCAGAGCAUGAACGAUGAUGAAUACGAUCCUGCGAGGACUGUCCGAAAUAUCAUCAUCGGAGCCGGCACGGCUAUUCCCGCUUAUUCAUGGUUCAUGUUUCUUGCCAAACACUUCAACUAUACAUCCCGUGCACUCUCUCUGGGAGUCAAGAUCGUCAUGAAUCAGCUCAUCUUCGCCCCCGGCAUCAACAUCUACUUCUUCAGCAUGCAAGCUCUGCUCGCAGGCGACGGCAUCAGCGGCGCCGUCCAGCGCGUCCGAGACACUUUGCUCACAAGCUGGAUUAACUCCUGCAAGAUAUGGCCUAUUGUCAUGGCCUUUAGCCUUAGCUUUGUGCCGCUGGAGUAUCGAUCCCUCUUCACCGGCGCUAUCAACGUCUUCUGGCAGGGCUAUCUGAGCCUUUUGAACAAAUGGGCUGAGGCUCGCGAAGCUGAAGCUGCAGCUCUGGAACCAUUGGUAGCUGCUCCUAUUGCGCUUGUUGAGGCCGCUUGA